GCAUCAACCGUGCUACAACAACUUCUUGCUACCUUCGUCCCUAAGCAACACGACCCUCUAUAACACCUUCCUCCCCCAGCAACUACUCCUCACAGACUCAGCAAUCUCUCACAUCGUGAAAAAAUGGUGACCGUCGAUCCGAAAGCCGCCGCCUCCGCCCACCAGUUCACCGUGGUCAUCGACGGCGUCGAGACGGCCGUCCACGAGGGCGUGCUCCGGUGCGGCGGCGGCGGCACGGUGGCCGUGGUCGGCCCGGGCGUCCUCGAGGUGACCCGCCUCCGGCACGUCGUGGUGCGCGGCGGCGGCGGCGGCGACGUCCGCUUCGCGCGGUGCGAGUACGCGGCCGCCGAGGACUGCGCCGCGGCGUCGUUCCGCCGCUGCGGCGCGGUGCGCGUGGACGGGGCCCGCGGCGUGGCCGUGCGCCGGUGCCGGUCCGCCGACGUGGAGCGCGCGGGCGCCGCGCGCGUCCGCGGCGCCGGGGAGCUGCGCGUGGGCCGGUGCCGGGAGGCCGACCUGGCCGGGUGCGCCGACGCGGCCGUGGCGCGCUGCCGCGCGGCGCGCGCCGACUGGUGCGGCGCGCUCGCCCUGGGCCGCUGCGGCUCCGCCGACGUCACCCGCUGCGGCGCCGUGCGCGUCGACCGCUGCCGCGACGCCAGCGUGUCCGGGUGCGGCGCCGUCGCGGUGCGCCGCGGCAAGGUGAGCGUGGUCGAGGCGCUCAAGCCCGUGUCGCCGCCGGUGUACCAGCAGGCAGAGCCUGUCCUAGCGGCGCCGGUGGAAAUCAUGAGCAAGUGAUGCCGUCGUACGGCCAGCUACCAUGAUAGGUAUCAGGAUGAUAUGAUAUUUUCAUAUUUGUGUCAUGAUGGGGGACGGGGAGGGGAGCCGGAUAUAUACGAAGAACUAUACGCUUUUGGCUGUGUGUUUUCCAUUUAUGUAAGCAUCUUGCCUAUGUAUCAUGGAGUAUGUACGUUAUAACAAUAUAAUAAAUCAAAAUAAUACUAUCUUUGUUCUCUAAUA